CACAAGAUUAACUUUUCAUUGACGCUGAAAUCUCCGGGGCAAAGCUUGUUUACCCCGGAAGAGUGGAUCCCAUCAUCAUCCCCCGUAAAGCAUACGUCAUUCCCACCCACCACCACUUCCCCCCCGAAUUCCUGUAUCACUCACAUUCCCAUUCGACCCUCCGUUGUCCUGAAGUCUAUCCUACACGCACGUGUAUCUGAAUCUCAGUAUCUCCAACACACGCGCAAUCGCAAACCGCUACUAUUCUCCAAUGUCCGUCUCCUUCCAGGACCUGGGGACCUCCUUCCUGGGCGCCUUCCAGGCCUGCGUCUCCGUCCUGCUGACGCUCGCCUACGGCGUCAUCGCCCGCUACGCCGGCCUCGUCAGCGAGACCUCCAUCAAGGAUGUCUCGGGUCUAGGGAUCAAACUCUUCUUCCCGGCGCUGAUGGUUGUGAACCUCGGGUCGAAUCUGCAUCUCUCUAGCAUUCUGAACUAUCUUCCUAUCUUGGUCUGGAGCACCAUCGUGGUCUUCGUCUCCCUGGUGAUCGGGAAACUCGGCGAGCGCGUCCUCCGCCUCCCUGCCUGGGUGACCGCCGCCUGCGCGUUCAACAAUACCACUGCGCUGCCGCUGUUGCUUAUCCAGUCGCUGGAGAGUACGGGGAGUUUGAAGCGGUUGCUGAAAGAUGGUGAUAGCGUGUCCGAUGCGGUCGAGCGGUCGCAGAGUUAUCUGCUGAUUUGUGCGGUGGUGAGUAAUCUGCUGACGUAUGUGGUUGGCCCGAAGUUGUUGCAGCAGGCGGAUGCCGGGGGUGAAGGAGCCGAGGGGGGUGAGGGGGGUGAUGGUGAAGGCCGAUCUGAGGGGGAGGGAGAUGAUGGGGAUGGCGCGGAUGAGCAGAGCCCGCUGCUCCCUGCGUCCGUCCGGCGGACGGGCGCGCAGAUCCGGGGCAAGUCCCGCGCGGCCUGCGCCCCGCUCCUCCGUCUGCUUCCUGAGAAGCUGAAGGAGGAGGCGCUCUCUUUCGACAGUCCAACCGUGUUGAAUAUGCUGCUCGGUCUAUUCCUCGGAGGCCUGCUGGGCCUCACGCCGCCGCUGCACCGCGCGUUCUUCAAUAAGAACGAGGACGGCGGCAUCUUCAACGCCUGGCUCGUGCUGAGCAUCAAGAACAUCGGCAAGCUGUUCACUACCCUGCAGCUGUUCAUUGUGGGCGGGAAGCUAGGCGUCAGCUUCCAGAACAUCCAGCGCAGCGCGAAGAGCGGGCACGUGCCCUGGCGCGCCGUCGUGUUUGUCUUUCUCGUGCGGUUUGUGCUGUGGCCUGCGAUCAGUAUCUCGUUGGUGUAUGUGUUCGCCGCUAAGACGAGUCUGCUGGGCGACGAUCCCAUUCUCUGGUUCAGUAUGAUGCUUAUGCCGACGGGGCCUCCAUCGUUGGUCAUCUCCGGGCUGGCUGAGUUGGCGAACGUCUCUGAGGAGGAGAAGCUGACGGUUGUCAAGGCUUUGACGAGCCAGUAUUGUCUGUCGCCGUUUACGUCCUUCACGGUAGCUGGGGCGUUGCACGCUUCGGAGAAGAUUUUUGCGCAGUCGGCUAAGUAGGUGAUUGUCUGGCGUUGAAGUAUAAGGCUAUGCAGAUUGUGUCUUUGGAGCGGUAUAUAAGCAUUGGGAUAUAUCUUGGUCAUAGAGGAUGUUGGACAUGCUAUGGUCAAAUCAAAUGGUAGAGGGGUAGACAUAGAG